UGGGUCAACGAUCCAAGUUUUACCCUCCUGUACAAAAUCCCGGUUUAUUCUGAAGCGUUCCAAGCAGGUCGACGAAUUAAACGGAACGAUAAGAUGCACCAGCAACGAAGUCAACCGGAUAACAAAAGCAACGGCAGUCAUUACAGCAUCACUGCGAAUCAGGGAGGACUGUAGAUGGUAAACCGGUAGAUGACGACGGGAUGAUAAUAUGCUGGCAGGUGCCGGCAGCGAUUGAAAAUAAAUUAAAGCGUUGUGCGCCGAUGAACGAUGUCACCCAGCCCACAACCCUCUCAGGAAAAUAGCUCUGGGAGAAGUUGUUUUGGAUCUCAGUAGAGAUGCUUGGUUAUUUAACGUACCAAAAAAUAGAAGGAAUAGAGAAGUUCUACAAAAAAGAAGAAAAAGUUAUCAACAUUAUCUUAAUAAUGCAUCAAACUAGCCCAGUAAUGUCUCCAGAUAUCUACCCCAGCAUCAAGAAUUAAUUACAAAGAAUGUAGGAGAAUACAACUGAUCAAGACUGGCGAGAGACAUAUAAAACCCGCUUAAACACCAGUUAGCCCUUUCACCUAGAACUGAACUGGUGAUAAUAAAAAAACGAUCGCAACAUGUUAGUCUAGCUAAGGAAGCGCUUGCCAUCGUAAUACACUUCUAACCUCUCGCAUGCAUCGUUUGAACUAUCCGUGCACGUUUUGCUGCCCUGCAGGGGAGCAAAAGCUUGCACCGAUUAGGGUGAUUAUUAGGUGCCGGCACACCGAUUUCGAACACGCCCCAUCAAGCGUGCGAUUGCCGGUACCGCCGACUACUGCGAACUGGACUUCAUUACUUCCUCAAUUGUUGUGACCUGGUCACCGACAUUAGCGAUCAGGAUCUAAGCGUGAUCGGACGCACGUACGGCCAGGUAUUGACUAAUCGUACCGCCACGAACCACGUUAGUAGCGUGCCACAUUUCUAAUCAAACGGAUUAAACGCGUCGUUAGGCGAUCGACAAGAUGUUGAUCGUGGUUCUAGUAUUCAUCUUAGGUAGUUGCAUCGCCGUACUGUUGGUACGCGAUUUUCAGUCGAAGCAAACGGAUGGGUACCGGGCUGCUAAACACUAUCCCGGUGGAAGAAUGAUACCAGUGUUAGGGAACUUAUUAGAACUUCUGUUUAAAAAUCCCGUACAAACAUUUGCUUAUGCCCGUGAGAAUGCGACCCGCUUUGGAGCAUCCUAUCGUCAGUGGAUUGAUGGCAAGGUGAUACUUAACAUUACCCGCAUUCGGGAAGCAGAAAAGAUCCUCUCCAGCACGCAGCACACCCGUAAAAGCAUCCUGUACAAGUUUCUGCAUCCGCUCAUGGGUGAUGGAUUGCUGUGCAGCAAGGGUUCCAAGUGGCAGCAGCGGCGUCGUAUACUGACACCGGCCUUUCAUUUCAAUAUUUUGCCCAAAUUUCUAACCAUCUUCCAGGAGGAAAGCGAAAGACUCGUAAGGCAGCUGGAUCACUUUGCCGAUGGUAGACAGGAGAUUGUGCUACAAUCGAUUGUGACAAGCUUCGCGUUGCACACCAUUUGUGAAACGGCCAUGGGCGUGAAGUUGGACGCGUACAACGAAGCGGAUCAGUACAAGAAGAAGGUAUACGAAGUUGGUGAAAUGUUGGUUCACCGUACCAUGUCGCCCUGGUUGUACAAUGAUCGGGUGUACCGGCUCUUAGGUUACGACCGACCAUUGGCGGAGUCAUUAAAACCCAUACAUCACUUCACGCGUAGCAUCAUCCGACAGCGUCGACAAAGCUUUCAAGCUUUCCAGGCGCAGCUCGUUGACUCCAACAGUGAGGAUAACAUGUACUUUGGGAGCAAACAAAGGUACGCCAUGCUAGAUACUUUACUUGCUGCCGAAGCAAAGCAGCAGAUCGACGAGGAAGGCAUCCGGGAAGAGGUGGAUACGUUCAUGUUCGAAGGACACGACACAACAGCCGCCGCGAUCAUGUUUACGAUUGUGCUACUAGCAAUCGAACAGGAUGUGCAGGAGCGUUGCUAUAAGGAACUGGAAGAACUACUGAAUGGCAUGGUAACGACUAGCAGCGAAUCCGUUCGUCUUUCGGUACAGGAUUAUCAGUACCUGCCGUAUCUGGAUCGUGUGAUAAAGGAAUCUUUACGGUUGUAUCCACCGGUUGCGUUCAUCUCGCGAGCUACCACCGGAGAACUGGUUGUGGAUGGUACAAUAUUCCCGCAUAACACAAUCACGCACGUUCACAUUUACGAUCUUCAUCGAGAUCCGGCCCAGUUUCCCGACCCGGAACGCUUCGAUCCCGAUCGUUUCCUGCCGGAAGUGGCAGAAAAGCGUAACCCUUACGCGUACGUACCGUUCAGUGCUGGACCAAGGAACUGUAUCGGACAGAAGUUUGCUCAGCUCGAAAUUAAGACGGUGCUGGUGGCGCUUUUGCAUCGCUUUCGUCUGAUGCCGGUGACGAGACGUGAAGAGAUCGUAUUCAUGGCUGAUCUUGUACUUCGCGCUAAGACACCACUGAAGGUGCAAUUAGUGAGAAGAUUUUUGCAAUCAGUAAUCAACAUGCCAUCCGGUUGGAUCGUAAUACUUUCGCAAGUGCCCAUUUCAGUCAUUCUCGUACUACUCGUACUGCUGCUUUGGAUAGUUUGGGAUGUGAUCGAUAAGCGCGGUUCGACGUAUGUUGCCUUUCGGCAAUUUCCGGGACCGCCGGUGUGGCCACUGAUCGGUACGAUGUAUCACACCCGUGGUUUGGAUGCAGCAAAAACGUUCGAUGCCUUCCGUUACUUUACCAAGCUGUACGGAGGAACGUACAAGCUGUGGCUAAACAGCCUUCUUUUCUCGCUGAACAUAACACGCUGCCAGGAGGCGGAACCAUUCAUGAACGGAGGGCGCAACACGGACAAGAGCAUGCUGUAUCGGUUCAUGUAUCCGUUCAUCGGAAUUGGUCUGCUGAACAGUGCGGGUGCUAAGUGGCUCCAGCGUAGACGCAUCCUUACGCCAACGUUUCACUUUAACAUCCUGAACGGAUUCCAUCGAACGUUCUGUGAGGAGAGUGAAAAGUUCGCUGACAAAAUUGAUUGCCAACGGACAGGACUGGAAGCGGUAGAGGUUGAUCUUCAGUCAGCAAUGUCUCAGCUAACGUUGAAUUCAAUCUGUGAAACAUCAAUGGGUGUCAAGCUGGACACUUUAGACGGUGCUCGGGAGUAUCGUGAAGGUAUCUACAAGGUCGGCGACAUGUUGCUCAAUCGAGCCGUCCGUCCCUGGCUCUAUAUGGACUGGACGUACCGGUUGUUGGGGUAUACGCGUAAAAUGCAACGAUUGCUGAAACCUCUGUAUCUCUUUACGACCGGGAUCAUCACACAGCGACGUGAACUGUUCUUGCAGGGAAAGCUGAACGAUCUUAGCUCAACACAAACUGCCGAUCAUGAUCAUUCACUGUACAGCACUUCAUCCGGUGGUAAGAAACGCUACGCCAUGCUGGACACACUGCUGACGGCGGAAAUGCAAGGACUGAUCGAUGCAGACGGCAUCCGGGAAGAGGUGGACACGUUUAUGUUUGAAGGACACGAUACGACCGCGUCGGCACUUGUCUUCAUCUUUCUCACCCUAUCCUGGGAGCCCGAAAUUCAGCAGCGUCUAUACCAGGAACUGCAACAAUUUCGCACGGAAAAAGGUAUGGCCGAUGGCCAUUUCCCGGCGAGCGAUUUAAACUCGCUGAAAUUCUUCGAUCGCGUCAUUAAGGAGUGUCUCCGGCUGUGGCCACCGGUGGCGUUCAUUUCACGUGCCGUUACGGAGGAGGUUAAUUUGCCGGACGGUCGCACCAUACCGAAGGGAUGCAUCGCUAAUCUGCACAUAUUCGAUCUGCACCGUGAUCCUGCCCAAUUUCCCGACCCGGACCGAUUCGAUCCGGAUCGCUUUCUGCCGGAAAGGGUUGCCGAACGCAACCCGUUCGCUUACGUGCCGUUCAGUGCGGGUCAGCGGAACUGCAUCGGUCAAAAGUAUGCGUUGCUAGAGAUCAAAACAGCUGUCGCCUAUCUGGUGCUGCGUUAUCGCAUUCUACCCGUAACAAAGCGUGCGGAAAUUCGCUUUAUCGCUGAUCUCGUCUUGCGUGCCUCUACUCCACUGAAGGUUCGCUUUGAAAGACGAAGUGCGUGAGUGCUGUGUGGCGCACAGUGUGUUGUACGAUUGGUGGGUGUUAUCAUACCGUUUGUUUACGAACAACUAGACCGAUCAGUAAUCGCACUAUCAGCAAUCCAACAAAACACGUGGGACGAAAAUCAGAACGCAAGGGAAGCUGUGGCCGGGUUGGUUAUCAACUGUUGACAAACAGUAAAACUGGUUUGUAAAAACAUUCUGAAAGACUUUUAUGCACUUGAUGCACAUCAAUUUUAAUCUAUAUUUAGUAGUAACGCGAAAAAUAUAGCUCAUCUUUUUAAGCAUGUACAACAAACAA